AAGGAAAGCAUAUAUUACAAUCGAAUGAAGGGGAUCCUGAACCCUGCAUUUCCAUGAAGUGCCACUGGCGGGAUUGUUGCAUAGCUUUGAAGCAGGGAUUGGCAGAAUUACUGAUUCGCACGCCCUGAGAGGUCCAAACAUGAAAUUUGAAGGAGAUUCAUGGGCGUAGUGCGGAAAUGCAAUCGAGCGUCAGCGAGAUCGACAGAGAGAGCCGGAUCGUGCCGAAACGACCCCUUCCACGCCGCUCGCCGAGCUCAUCACAUGAUGUCACGGAUCGCGUCACACACCGCAUUCCCUUUUGCUAAUUUGCGUUUCGACCUCUUGAACCAGCUUCCG